CACCGCCGCUUCGCUUUUAAACUCUCGGCGCAAGGAAGGAACCCCGUGGGUCGAGUCCUCCAGGCAACAGCGAGAGACGCCGUCGACCUCACCGCUCACCACCGCCACCAUCUCCACUCGGCAGCAGUAGCGCAGAGACCGAACGACUACACCCCCCCGCGUCGUCACCACUCCCGACUCGGCACAAUCAACCCCCCGACCUGAAGCCAUGGUGCUGCACGCGGGGUUCAAGGGCGCGGGCCAGGAGGCGGGGCUGCAGGUGUGGAGGGUGGAGAAGCUGAGUCCCGUGGCCGUGGCGCGCAACCAGUACGGCAACUUCUUCACGGGGGACGCCUACGUGGUGCUCAACUCGCUCAAGGCCGGCGGAGGAACCCUGAGCUACAACCUCCACUACUGGCUCGGUAGCGAGUGCUCUCAGGACGAGUCCGGCGCGGCGGCAGUUCUCACCGUGCAGCUGGACGACUCCCUGGGGGGGCGGCCCGUGCAGUACCGCGAGGUGCAGGGACACGAGUCCAACUCGUUCCUCUCCUACUUCAAGGGCGGCAUCAAGUACAAGGCGGGCGGCGUGGCCUCGGGCUUCAAGCACGUGGAGCCCAACCUGGCGGACGUGAAGCGGCUGCUGCACGUGAAGGGGCGACGCACGGUGCGCGCCACCGAGGUGCCGCUCGCCUGGAAGAGCUUCAACCAGGGGGACUGCUUCAUCGUCGACCUGGGGGCGAACAUCUACCAGUGGUGCGGCUCGGGAUGCAACCGCUACGAGCGCGUCAAGGCGUCCGAGGUGGCGCGCGGCGUGCGGGACAACGAGCGCAACGGGCGGGCGACGGUACACGUGGUGGAGGAGGGCGAGGAGCCGGCGCCACUGGUGGAGUUGCUGGGCUCCAAGCCGUCCCUUCCCACGGGAUCCUCCGAUGACGUGGAAACGGAUCUCUCCAAUCGGAAUUCCGCCAAGCUCUACAAGAUCUCCGACGAGAGUGGCCGCAUGGAGGUGAAGGAGGUGGCGUCCGCGAGUCCCUUCCAGCAGUCGCUGCUCCACUCGGAAGACUGCUUCCUGCUCGACAACGGCUCCGCAGGGCAGAUCUUCGUGUGGAAGGGCCAGAAAGCGAACGCCGACGAGCGCAAGAAGAGCAUGAGCACGGCGGAGGAGUUCCUCAAGAAGAUGAAGUACCCGCCCAGCACCCAGGUGUCGGUGCUGCCCGAGACAGGGGAGACGCCGCUCUUCAAGCAGUUCUUCCUGGGCUGGAGGAGCAAGGGCGACGUGCUGACGCCCGGCAAGACGUACAACGUGGGCAGCAUCGCCCGCGUCCAGCAGGUGCCCUUCAACGCCUCCACCCUGCACUCCAGCCCGGCCAUGGCCGCGCAGCACGGCAUGGUGGACGACGGCAAGGGAGAGGUUCAGGUGUGGCGCAUCGAGGGCCUGGACAAGGUGUCCGUGGAUCGCGCCACCUACGGACAGUUCUACGGGGGAGACUGCUACAUCAUCCUGUACACCUACAAGACGGGACAGAUCAUCUACACCUGGCAGGGAGUGAAGGCGACCCCGGACGAGCGAGCACGCUCCGCCAUGCUCACCGUGCAGCUGGACGACUCCCACGGGGGCUCUCCCGUGCAGGUGCGCGUGGAGCAGGGCUACGAGCCCCCCCACCUGCUGAGCCUGUUCGGGGGCAAGCCCCUGGUGGUGCACGCGGGGGGCACCUCCCGCAAGGGGGGGCAGAGCCCCCAGGCCCCCACGCGACUCUACCAGGUGCGCAGCUCCUCAGCGGGCGCCACCAGAGCCGUCGAGGUGGCGCUGAGCGCCGCCUCCCUGAACUCGAGCGACGCGUUCGUGCUGCUGGCGGGCGGCGGCGCCACCGUGUGGAAGGGCAAGGGAGCCGAGAAGGCCGAGCAGGAGGCCGCCGCCUACGUCGCCAAGCUGCUGGGGGGCGGCGGGGUCAAAGAUGUGGCUGAGGGGAAGGAGCCCGCUGAGUUCUGGUCGCUGCUGGGCGGCAAGAAGGACUACCAGAGCUCGCCGAGACUCAGCACCAACUACAACGACCACCCACCCCGCCUCUUCGCCUGCUCCAACAAGACCGGCCGCUUCCAGGUGGAGGAGGUGUCGGGCGACUUCACCCAGGACGACCUCGCCACCGACGACGUGAUGCUGCUCGACGUCUGGGAGCAGCUGUUCGUGUGGAUCGGCAAGGAUGCCAACGAUGUGGAGAAGCAGGAGUCGCUCAAGUGUGCCACGUCGUACCUGCAGACGGACCCGUCGGGCCGGGGGAAGGGCACCCCCGUGGUGGUGGUGAAGCAGGGGCACGAGCCCCCCACCUUCACCGGCUGGUUCCUCGCCUGGGACCCCACCAAGUGGGACUCGGACCCCUUCGAGAAGAUCAAGGCGUCGUUCAAGUAGGGGGCGGGGAUCCGAGGCGAGGAGACGGCCGCUGCAGAUUCACCAGCUGCUGCAGCAGCAGCGGCGGCGGAGCGACCCGCAGGUUGUUCAGGCACUCCGCUUCUACCCCGACCGCUUUCGUCUGACAAACCCGCUCGUCACGGUCGUUCGAGAUGUAGCUCGCGACAAGAGCGGAGCCCGCCGCGUGCAUCGAUAACACUGUGGCCCUCGAGAGAACAAAAGAUAUUGAACGUUUCGGUCAAUGGCCCUUCACCCGUGGCGCAUUCAUAGCACAGACCUCUGUGCCACGAAUAUUUUCCCACUGUCAUCGUCGAUCGUGCCGAGUGUGAUUGUUUACCCGCCUCUGCCGAUGCAGCAUCACAAAUCAACCGUCUGGAGAGAGACGCUCCGCCUUGUUGACUAUAAACGCUGACGUUUGGUGCUGCUGCUGCUUUGGCAGUGGUGCAAACGCAUAAUUGACAAUUUUAAACCGUAGCACAUUUACUAUGAAGAAGGUCCAUUGCCCGAACCGUCACGUCUUACACGUACUUUUCCUUUAAGGCCACGCAGUGUUAUUGACGAACGUGUUGAGUUUUCUGUUGUCAAUUUACUUUGCGGUGAAAUAAAUACGAGAGGCCUGGAGGUUUCGGGCUGCAGCGCACACGCGUGCCAACUGGUGAUCAGCUCGACGCACGAUCCACAUCGCUUUUGCAUCACGCGGGUUAUUGUUGCUCCCAUCAUUGUUUUUACAACGCCUGCUGCCGGGGAGAAAAACGGAACGCAUUCCAAGUUUGCUUUUACACACACCCCUUGACCCCGGCGGCGGCGACUGUGUGGCAUGUCUUUUGUACGCUUUGCAGAAACGCGUUUGGUGCGGACGCGCGUGUUAUUCCGCCUGCCUCGGCAGCCUUACGUGCUAAGCUCGCGAGCGCUUUCAAAAAUAAAUAAAUAAAGGCCAUUUUACUCA